AUGACUCGUACUAAACAUUCACCAAAACAAAACAGACAUUAUCAAAGGUCUCCGUUUGGCGACUUGCGAGGCCCGCCAAAGAAAGAAGGAGCCGGUCAGCACAAUUGGGGCAAUGUAACUGCAGAGACCGCUGAAUUAGAUGAACAUUAUGAACUCCUGGACGACUGUCCAAAAUAUGAUUUGGAGAAAGUGGAGAAGAUUGUCGAGGUAGAGGGACAACUGCGGGAUACCAAAAUAAACGUUGUUGAUCCUAACGAGUUUGAAAAAUUACGAGCAGCUACGGCUGAGGAACAAGAGUGA